UUUACUUUUGACUGAGUUCUUGUUUUAUUCUAUAGAUAAUCAGUUAAAACUGUUGUUAAAGACGUUGUUGUUGCGAAGGAAUGAUGUGAUGACCACCAUAUAAUAUUAUAUGAACAACAACAACAACAACAAAGGUAGCAACAACAAACAACAUCACCAGCAACAGCGUCAACAGUAACACCACUAACCCUUACCGUCUCAUCAUCAACUUCACCAUCAUCUUCAUCAACCAUUGAUACCAUCAAAACACCAGUUAACAGCAACAGCAAUCAUCAACCAUCAACAUUAACCACGGCUAUACAUCAACCUAGUGAACACCAUAAAUUGUAUCAAAAAAACACAAAACCAUCAACGAUCAUCUUUAAUUGUUUGCAACAUAAUUUACGGAUAAUCCAUACAAAACCUUCACCAACCUUCAUUACCAUCAAAAGUUUUCUUCAUUUAUUAGUUAAUUUUUAUUAUUAUUAUCUAUUAUAAAUAUAUAAAUAUUGUAAAAGGUAAGUUAUGGCCAUGGAGCAUCCUUACGAUCCGAUGACGACCCUUCAAUACGGUCCUUCGGUUAACUAUGGCAAUGCAGUCCAUGGUUAUCAAGGUAAUCAUGUUAUGGGAACAGACAUAGUUAAACGAGAUAAGGAUGCAAUUUAUGGACAUCCAUUGUUUCCGUUACUUGCACUCAUCUUUGAAAAGUGUGAAUUAGCAACCUGUACACCUCGAGACUCGGGUUUAUCAAGUGGGGAUGUGUGUUCAUCGGAAUCAUUCAAUGAGGAUAUUCAGGUUUUUGCCAAACAAAUUCGCACAGAGAGACCCUUUUAUGUUCCCAAUCCGGAAUUGGAUAGCCUAAUGGUUCAAGCUAUUCAAGUGUUACGCUUUCAUCUAUUGGAAUUAGAAAAAGUUCAUGAAUUAUGUGAUAACUUUUGCCAACGUUACAUAAGCUGUUUAAAGGGUAAAAUGCCCAUUGAUCUUGUUAUCGACGAAAGGGAUAUCAAACCCGAUUUAGGGGACAACAACAAUAACUCCUCUUCCAAUGGAUCUGGUGGACCAGCAGGAGCUGGUUGUGGUGAUCCAGGAGGAGGAGGUGGAAGAGGUGCAUCAAACGGAGGCCGAGGCGGCUCAACUGAUCCUGGUCAUCACUCGGAUUCAGCAUCAACUCCUGAUCAGAGGCCUCCUUCACAGUCACUCAACUCCUAUGGUGGACCAGGAGUCCAUGAUGAUGUACGUUCACCGACCGGAUCAACCGGAACACCUGGACCUUUAUCACAACAACCAAGUUCCCAACAGAGUACCGAUAACAACAGUGAAGCAGGAGAUUACUUAAUUCCAGGAUCUUUUUUAGGUGAUGCUUCCGUCGGUAGUGGUGACGGGACCGGCGAAGAGGAUGACGAUGAACGUAAUAAGAAAAGACAAAAGAAAAGAGGAAUUUUUCCAAAAACUGCAACAAAUAUAAUGAGAGCUUGGCUAUUUCAACAUUUAACGCAUCCAUAUCCAUCCGAAGACCAAAAGAAGCAAUUGGCUCAAGAUACGGGUCUAACCAUUCUUCAAGUGAAUAAUUGGUUUAUCAAUGCCAGAAGACGAAUUGUUCAACCCAUGAUUGACCAGUCUAAUAGAGCAGAUUUAGGAGGCGGUAUUCCCGGUACUGGUCCAGGUUAUAAUCCAGAUGGAAGCAUGAGAUACAUGAUGGAUGGCACUCAGCAAUUCACACCUCCAGCAGUUCAUUCACAAGCAAUGUUAUUACCAGGCCAUCCACACCCUACCAUGAUGAUGGCACACGGGCCCAUGGGACACCCUGGAUUACCACCACAAAGCUCACCGUAUGAUGCAAAUGCUGGUCAGCAUAUGAUGGAUUUACAUGCCAGUUAAUCGUGAUGCAUGUAAAUUCAAUUUCAUAAAUAUUGGUUUCCACCAGCCUCUAUCUUCCCUGUAACCCUUCAAUUUGCAAACAAAUGGAUGCUUUUCACAAAACACACCAACACACAACCACACACACACAUAACAAAACAAACAAACAUACACAAAACAUACAAAAAAAGCAUCUUAAGUCAUCAUUGUCUAUCAAUCGUUUUUCCUCUUCUUUCUCAUCUUUCUCUCCUUUCACUAUCUCAUUCACUUAAUUCAGUAACAAUCAAAGAAUAUUUCAGAAUUCAAUGUAAUUCCUUUUAAUCAAUUCUGUAUCAUCAUCAACAAAACAACAAACAAUUCAACAACAACAACAACAAAAAAAACAAUUUUGUCUCUCAAACAAAAACCAACAAACCAACAUAAAAAAAUAAACAGCAAAUGGCUUCGUUUAAUUUACACAAAAAA